UUGAAGGCGGGAGGUGGCGCGGCGGGAGCGCUGCAGGACGCGGGCGAGGGGCGGCGAGGGGCGGCGGAGCGCGGGCAGCAUGGGCUGCAGCGCGUCCCAGCCCGCCGAGGACCAGAGACGCGUGCCCGCGCCCAGGAAGGGAUGGGAAGAGGGAGUCCAGGCUGCUGCMCAACUAACACACUCUGAGGAGAACUGCAGGCCCCAGAUCGAUGCCACACUGCCCAAGGACACUGUGGACAAGGUAGAAGGCCUGGAACAACAAACUCAGAUAAGAAGCUUACCCGGAACUAUUCCAGAAAGUUCUCCAUCUCCUAGUGAAAGAAAUGGAAAAGUAAAUUCAGACCCGGUGACCAAUGGAUUUAUCAAUAAGCCCCAACCCCUGGAGAAUCGAGAGCGACAAAAGUCAUCAGACAUCCUGGAGGAACUGAUUGUUCAAGGAAUAAUACAAAGCAGCAGCAGAAUAUUUAGAAAUGGAGAAUCAUAUGAUGUUAUGAUGAACACAACUGAGAAGCCACUGAGAAARCCACCAGCCAGACUGAAAAAACUUAAGAUCAAAAAGGAAGUAAGAGAUUUCACAAUGAAGGACAUAGAAGAGAAGAUGCAGGCAGCAGAGGAGCGGCGGAAGAUUAAAGAAGAAGAAAUAAGAAGGCGGCUACGAAGUGACCGCCUUUUGCCCACAGCCAAUCAUUCAAAUUUGGCUGAAAUAGAUGGAGCUGAGGUUCCACUUGAGAAAGGACUUCAAACCAUAAGUGCUGCUACAUUUGAGCCACCUGUCCUGCAGGGAGGAGAGCUACAGAAGAGGAAGAGUAACAAUGACUUAGUCCCGAUAGAUGGAAACUACUACUAUGAAAGUUUGGGGGUUGUAGAGUCAGACAUGUCCUACAACAAAGAGGAUGAUAUAUUUGAAUAAGCCAUUUUUUUGUGUGUGUAAACACCAUAAAAAGGAAUCUAUUUUCCCUAGUGCAACAGUCUUAGUAUGUCUCAUAUUCUUUGACCAUGUGACCUCACCCUGUGGAAUUUCUGGUGCAGCUUUUGCAAUAAUGGUGUAGGGCUGCAUGCACUGAAUAUUAGUUGACUUAAUUAAAUUACUGUGGAUGCACGYGUGUGCACGCACACACACAUGCACACGCACAGGAGAAAGAUCCAUAGAGCUGACCAGCUUAGAUUACUAUGAGGUUGGUAUUCUCCCUGAAUAUGUCUUUAAAAGUUGUUUAGAUGUCUUUAAUUUAUGAAUCUCUUGCAGCUUUAUAUAUUGUGAAUAUAUCUGUGCCAAAUGAAACCCUUACUUUUUAGCUCCUGACCUUGGACUAUGUCCACUGAUGUCCUUUACAACAAAAUUGAAUGCAUUUAUAAAGUAUUUUAACAAUYUGUGUGUUUUUUAGGAAUGUGUUUAGGUUUUUAAAAAUUGUGCUGUCAAGUAAUA